AUGGACACCAAAGAGUUAGAGCAGUUCUUCCAGGAGACAUGGGCGUCCCGAGCGGCAAGAUGCAUGACAAAGAUUAAAGAUCGUGAGGAUAAGCGAAACGUUCGAAGCUUUCGCAGCUACGACGAUAUCAUCGAACAUCUCAUCAAUGACCCUGAUGAACCAUUCCCCGAUGCUGUUCUUGAGGAGCUAUCCAUGAUCCGCCCUCGACUUGUCGAGUUUCGAGACUUUAGCAAGAUCUUCGCGGAGAAACUCGGACCAAAGCUCGACCCUAGCUUGUUCUGGGGAUUGAUGGGGACACUUGUUGUAGCGGCGCAGAUAGAGGGAGACGCCACUCGACGGAUGACACAGGAAAUCAAGAAGCUCAGUCGAAACGUCGAGACGCUACGAGGAUACAGCACAGCCGGGGAGGACCUAUCCAAUAAAGCCAAAGAGGCUGUCUUCGAGACGUUUGUGGUGGCUACCAACUUCUUUGCGGAUGCCAUUGAGUUCCUCCGGGACGAAGAGCAUUUUGCCCGGUCCCGUUCCGCCGGUGAGAUCCAUGCCGCCCGCUUUUGA